AUGUCUCAACCUCAAAGCUCCAUUCCUGGGUACCGCCCGGCACCAUUCCUUACACGCGGCAAGAAACUCGUCCUCCUCUCCGUCUUCCUCGUGCCCGUCGUAAGCUACGCAUGGCUCAAGAGGCUCGAAGCCAAGUCAAAGGAGCAAACACGCCUCCUCGAGGAAGAAGGACGGCGUAACUGGAUCCAAGAGAACCAACGCUUCAACAGGAAAGAUCUCAGCGUCGCCGUGGGCAGGAGCGGUGGAGGCGUCUAA